UGAAUUUUCUACGCGGUGAAAUUGGUUGGCCCACUUCGCCGGAGACCUUAUUUAAGGAAAGAAUCGGAGACUGGAAUCUUUACCACUGCCUCGAUUGGACUCCGAUUCUUCUUCAGUCAAAUUCUCUUCAAGCUACGAAUCCCCACCAUGGCCGAAGCCGCCGCCAACAGCCCAAGCUCGCCGCAGCGCCUCCAGCGCAUGACCGACCCUGAGCUCGAGAAGGUCUUCGCCCAGUUCGACGCCGACGGCGACGGCAAGAUCUCCCUGUCUGAGCUCUCCCAGGUCCUCUCCGCCCUAGGCUCCAAGUCCUCCUCCGCCGACCUCCGGCUCGCCAUGGAGGAGAUCGACUCCGACAGGGACGGGUUCAUCAGCCUCUCCGAGUUCGCCGCCCUGUGCCGCUCCAGCUCCUCCUCCUCCUCCUCGUCCUCCACCAAUGAGGCGGAUCUCCGCGACGCAUUUUGCCUGUACGAUCAGGACAGGAACGGGCUGAUCUCGGUGUCGGAGCUCCACAAGGUCAUGACCCGGCUCAACAUGAAGUGCAGCCUGGAGGACUGCGAGAGGAUGGUGAAGUCGGUGGACUCCGACGGGGACGGGAACGUGAACUUCGAGGAGUUCAAGAAGAUGAUGACAGCCACCAUUAACAAGUGAACUACCCCGUCCGUUGGCCGUUGUUGAGAAGAGGAAAGAUGAUUAGAGGUGGCGGGCCUACUUCAAGUUAGCGUGUGAUAAGGACUACGUUGAUAAAUAAUAAUAAGUACUGUGCUCUUUCUGCGAACUUCUUUUAGUUUGUACUUAACUGGGUUGGGUUCUGUAAGCGAAUGGGCCUGCGAUGGACCCAUGAGGGUCCAUCCAUAUCCUACUUUGCUCCUUUGUGUUAAUAUUUUAGAUUAUGAAUGCCCAUUUCAUGGUAAAUAAAACUCUUAUUAGAUCCUUAAUCGGUUAAA